AGGGUUAGCUCAUUCACCAAGCUAAUAGUUAGCAUUAGGUCUGACGCUACUUAUCCAACAACACGGAAAUUCAGACUCUCCUCCAGCGGGACAGCUUCACUGUCAUCGGCUUGGUCUACACCUCUUUCUCCCGGGUUUUCCUGGCUCUCCGUCCUCGUGGUCCGGACCGGUCCUUAAAACCGAAACAUGUCGGCGGUACAGCGAAUGAAAGUGGCGAACGAGCGGCACAGCAAAACCAUCACACAGCGCGGACACGUCCAGAAGACAUCGAGGCCGGUAAAUGAUGAGAAGUCUCCGGUGGGUCCGUGGCUGCUGGCGCUGUUUGUCUUUGUGGUUUGUGGAUCAGCCAUCUUCCAGAUCAUCCAGAGCAUCAGACAGGGCAUGUGAUGACCUUUGACCCUGGAGCUGAGCCUGUCACAUGGAGGAGAGAGGGGCCAUGUCGCCAUCGUGACCCCGGCUACCACAUACACACACAUUUGUUCCUGUGGAGUUUUUUCCUCUCACUGUAACUUCUCUCUUUCUCUUUGCUGUAAACAUUUUGUUUUUACUUUCCUCACUGUCGAUGAAGCUGAUCAGAUAUUGGUUAUUGAUUUGUGCCGGUGGUUGUUGUCACAUGAAGUCUUAAACCUUGCUCUCAGUCUGAUGCUGUCGUCCAGCUGAGUCUGGUUUCUGGGCGACAGGACCACACCGCUGGUUUUUAAAUCUCAUUAACUACAAAUCCUGUAAAGCCUCCUCAUGGUUUGUCAGGGUUCAGGUGGGUUUCCUUGUCAAGCCCUGGACCCUGUUUGUGCUUGUUUGGCUCAGUUUGUGGAGGACUGAGCUCUGCUGUAAAGUCUGCUGUUCCGAUGGUGGCCGAGUGUCCGAGAAACGAGACCAAGUACAGUGCUGGUAAAAACAUGGAGGGCUUAAAGUCCCCACAGAAACUCUGAUCAGGAACAGAAACCAUGUGAGAUACAAAGUAAAGCUGCGACAGAUUCAUAAUUCAGAUGUUAGUCCAGCUUUCUGACACGAGUGGUUUUAGCAGGACGAGUUGAGCUUUCUUCCUCAGAUACGAUCAGAUUGAGCUGCUGUUGUAUUUGAUCAGUGAAACAGGAUGUCAGGUCAGAUUUUAGCAAGAGGAAAAAGCUGAAUCCAGUGCGUCAGUGAGCUCUUACCAGCUGAGUGCUGCGUGUGGUUCCUGCAGACUUUCACCUAGUACCAUAUAAAGUAUGUGCUAAAGAAGGUAUCUGAAACUUUUGCACCAGGAAAUACUCUACACCUUCUGUAAAUAUUUCACAUUAAAAGCUUAAUUAUU